AUGUUUUCUUCACAAGAAUAUGAUAUUAUCGAGAUCUCAAGCUCAUCAAACAAUGAUUUUGAGACACAAUUUAAUACACCAUCUUUAAAUGAAGAAACUGUUUCAUCAAACAUAACUCCAACAUUUAAAUCUUCUAAUACGUUAUCAUUAUUAUCAUUAACAUCAUCAAGAGUAACUAAACAUUAUUCGUCAAAAUUUAAAAAAGAAUGUGGUCUUAGUGGUAUUAAUCGGCAUAUUCAAACAAGAAAACAUCAAGAAUGUGUCGAGUCAGGCGAAUCUAAUCGAGUAAAAACUGUUGAUGGAAUGUUUCAUAUACCAACAUCUGAACUUGAUAAAUUAUGUGCUACAGAAGGUACUUUGGUUUUUCAUGCCAUUAAACAGUCACACAGUUACGUUUCACAAGCAUGUACAGUUAAAUUAAAUAAAAAACGUUUUCCUGAUUCUGCUGUAGCAAAAAAUGUUACUUCUGAUAGAACUAAAGCUCGUGAAAUAGCAUGUAAUGUACUUGCACCGGCACUUACAUAUUCUAUUAUACUUGCAUUACGUGAUGUUGCAUUUUUUUCAAUUGCAUAUUAUUCACCAAAUAAAGGAAAUGUUAAGAUGCAGCCAAUUGUUGUUCAGUUGUUUUCAAAGUUUGGUGUUUAA